AGAACAGCGCGGCUGACCCUCCUCAGAAGAACAGAUGAGAGAAGGAUGGAAUUUCUGCACUCAUAUUUAUACAUAUCUUUAUCUAUGUUCAUGACAUUUCUAUGUAUGUUCAUGAAACUAUAAACUCCAAAUGAAAGUAGUAAUAUCCGAUCUAAACCGAGCAUGUCUGAUACUGAACACGUGUGGUGUGGACGUUGAACUGAUAAAACCGCUGAUGCAUACUUUCGAGUUUGACACGCGUAUCAUGUGAUCGACAGUGCAUUACAUGUUCUGUCAGACAGGAACCGACCACUGAUUGGAAAUAAAAGGAAAACCAAAUUAAACAUGCAGAUUGUGAUCCGGCGGUAUCAGCCCUCUGACCGGGAGGCUGUCGAAAGAGUUUUCAGAGAAGGAAUAGAGGAGCACAUCAAUCCUGCAUUCAUGUACGCCAUGACCCGACCUCUGCACAUCACUGUUAGCCUGUUCAUGUACAUCGGCGCUUAUGUGAUGGGUGGACAGUCAGUGGUUCUGGCCCUGAUGUCUGGAGGAGCCUGGAUAGGCCUUGUGUACUUCUGCUGCCAUGAGUUCUAUGCCGGCUACGUCCGGGCGAGACUGAACACGGAUAUGCAAGAUAUUCCGGGUUACUACCUCAGUAAUCCAGACAACUGCUUCUGGGUUGCCGAAGCUGAGAUGAACGGCCGGCCUCAGAUUUUGGGUAUGGUGGCUGUGGAAGGUAAAAAUGACCCAGGAAGCGAUGGGAAAAAGUAUGGCGAGGUUUACCGAAUGAUUGUUUCGUCCUCCUGUCGCCGUGCUGGUCUUGGUAAACGGUUGGCUAAAACUGCAGAAGACUUCUGUAGGGAACGCGGCUUCUCAAAGAUUGAACUUUCGACCUCUUCUACACAGACAGCAGCCGUGGCGCUGUACUUUAAGCUUGGCUUUAAACUCAUCCUGGUUCAUACGCGCUCUGAGACCCUGCAGUGGAUAGUCUGGAUGACUAGAGCCACAAUUCUGACCAUGGAGAAGAACAUCUGAUCAUUAACUUUUCAUCUAAACGCUGAAAAUUACUUUUGUAGUUCUGAUUUAUGCAUGUUUUUCUUUAAUAAUCAUAGCUGCUUAGUUAUAUUGCACUUUUUACACAAGUUUAAUAGCACUGUUUUAUAUCACACAAAUGUAAUUAAAAUAUGAUUAAAGAUUUUUCACUUUUGAA